AUGCUGGGUUACACGGUGCUGAGCAUCGCGCUGACGCAUACCGGUCGUCUAUCCCCGCCGCUGACGCCGAUCGCUCGCGCCCCUUCUCUGAGCUGCAAUCGCGCUGGCCGCAUCGCGAGCGCCGAGACGACUGAGGCGGCGGAGCCGCCAGCAGCAGAGGAGGCGGCAGACACGGUCUUCACCCUCUCGCCCCGCGACGAUGGGUGGGACGACCUGCGCGGCGCGAUUGUCACGGCCCGCAAGGAACGGUCCGGCGCGUGGGAGCAGCUUCAGAAGCAGUACGUCAGACCGGUCAGCCGCGUGGCAAAGGUGGUUGUCGAGGAGGUCGCGUCCGUGGCACCGCCCGUCGAGGGCGUCAAGGAGGUGCUGGACGUCGCCGCAAAGGCGCCGGCGAGCCUCGCGGCGAUCCGCAAGGGCAGCACCGGCAAAAAGCUCGAGCCGCGGGACGCAGUCUUUGCCUUUGCCGACCUGCUCGAUCGGCUGGCGGAGAAGAAGCAGCAGCGCAGCGGCGAAGGCAAGCCGCCCGUCGCAUCCACGCGGCAGGCCGCAAAGGCAGAGGCCCCGUCGGGCAAGGAGGUCGCGGUCGCCACCUACCAG